AUGCUAUCCCGAAGCAUCGUCCAGAUCAACGUGACUCUGGCCUUCCAGCCACAUUCCAUCAACGUCAUCCAAAAGACGUGCCAACGCGGAGGCCGGGAGUCGGCCUGCCUCAACGCCACUGCCUGUUUCACGGCGGUGUCACGAUCCCCGGGACCAAGCAGCAACGGUUUUGAUCUCUGGGUGUCGGCCAUGUUGGACGACAGGAAGUUGUCGGCUCGCGCGCUCUUUGACGACAGCUCCCACCGGCAGACGCAGCUAGCGGUGGGAGCUCACACGGGACAGACUCUUUGCUACAACCUGCCCUUCCACGUCUACGACACGGCGGACUACAUCCGCCCCAUUAGCUUCUCCCUGCGCUUCAAGAUCAACAACACCGAGAGCGGCCCCGUGUUGGACGAGGGCUGGCCGACCUCCAUCAAGAAAUACAUACCGUUCUUUAAGGACUGCGGGGAGGACGACGUGUGCACCACAGAUUUGGUUCUGCAGGCGCAAAUGGACAUCUCCGGGACGAGACAGAGGCCGUAUGUGAUCCGUAGUCCUCGUAGGCGUGUGUCAGUGGAGGUCCAACUGGAGAACCGACUGGAAAACGCCUACAACAGCAGCCUGACGCUGCACUACUCACGGAAUCUGCACUUCUCCAGCCUCAGUAUCCGGGAGGACGCCAACUUUAAGAUCGAGUGUACGGCCGUGGGCUCCAACAGCCACUCCUGUAACGUCAGUUACCCGGUGUUCCGCUCCCAGUCCAAGGUGAACUUCAUGCUGGAGUUUGAGUUCAGCUGUGCCACCUUGCACAGCCGAGUCCAAAUGAAGCUCCAUGCCUCCAGCGACAGCGUGGAGAGACAAGACACGUUAGCGGACAACAGUGUUCAGCUGCAGAGCUUCGUCCAGUACGAGCCGGAUCUGUUCGUCAGCAGCGACUCCAACUUAAACCGAUACGAGGUGCAUCCCACGCGGACCAUGUCGGAAGCUAUCGGACCCGAGUUCUACACGCACUUCAAGAUCCAGAACCUGGGCUGCUACCCCGUGAGUAACCUGGAGCUCAGGCUGCUUCUGCCAUCCGUGGCGGCAGGAGACCGAGUCUUCAUGACGGUCACCGACGUCUCCUCGCAAAACGCGACGGGCGUGAACUGCAGCGUGACGAGCGAGCUGGCUCGGCUGAAGGGCCUCCAAAGGGACGUGCGCCCCCUCCACCCUGAGGACAUGAUGCAGAACGAUGUCCUGAAUUGCAGCAGGUCAUGGUGCAUAGAGGUCUCCUGUCAGGUCCAGCAGCUCCUGAAAGGCCAGGCUGCGGUUGUUCGACUUAGCCGGAGAGUCCAUGAUGACUUUUUCAGAAAGGCCAAGUACAAGUCGGCAAGGAUAAUCGGCAUGUAUCAGAUAGCACCUCAAGAGACCAACCUCAUCACUCUGGGAACAGAGACGGCCUGGAGAGAGACCGUCCUGGAGGUGCUGAAGGGAAGAGCCAUUCCCAUCUCGCUGUGGAUUCUGAUCGGAAGCAUCAUCGGCGGUCUGCUGCUCCUGGCGCUCAUUAUCUUCAUACUAUGGAAGCUCGGCUUCUUCGCACGCAAGCACAGAGACGACGAGAACCACGAGGACUGAGGUGGGCGUUGAACCAAUCAGGUUGUUCCCCGCGAAGGAGCAUCCCAGCGGUCCAGCAGAAAUUCACUUCCCGCUACUUCCAGGGUUAUGGAGCACUUAUGUAAAUAGUCUUGUUUCCCGUUUGGAAUUGUACUCUACCACAUUUGGUCUAUUUAAUAAACCGACAUGAUCAUGGUUUCACAUUUCAAACAAUCACCACUUGAACUGAAAUAAAGGACAAC